CCCGGAGCGGCCGCGCGGCGCCGGCCCCGCAGCCCGGCUCUGAGCCGCCCGCCCGGCCCGGCCCCCCCCGCCGCGCCCCGCCGCCCUCAAUGAGGUUCUUCCGACUCACCUUCAAGUGCUUCGUGGAUUGCUUCUGAGCCCCCCUCCACCCACCACCACCGCCACGGCCACGGAGCCGCCCCCGACCCGCCCCCGUUCCCCGGCCCCCCGCGACAUGCCCCCCGCCCCCGCCGACACGGCCGCCCCGCAGCCGCCCACCGCCCCGCGAAGCGAUGCCGCCGCCGCCACCGCCGCUGCCCCUGCGGGCUCCGCGCGUGUGAUGGCAGCGUGGGGCCCCCCUGUCUCAGCAGAGGGUCGCGGGGAGGCAGAGGGCACGGAGCCCCCCCCGGCGGGUGAGGAGCGGGCGGUGACGGCACCGCUGGUGGGCCCCCCCGGGCCCCCGAAAGCGGCCGCUGUUCCCCACCAGCGGGAGACAUGGACCCGGCAGAUGGAUUUCAUCAUGUCCUGCGUGGGGUUCGCCGUGGGGCUGGGCAACGUCUGGCGCUUCCCUUACCUGUGCUACAAGAACGGCGGAGGCGUCUUCCUCAUCCCCUAUCUGCUCAUCGUCUUUGUGGGCGGCAUCCCCGUCUUCUUCUUGGAGGUGGCCCUGGGGCAGUUCAUGAAGCAGGGAGGCAUCGCUGCCUGGAACAUCGCCCCCCUCUUCAAGGGUCUGGGCCUGGCCUCCAUGGUGAUUGUCUUCUUCUGCAACUCCUACUACAUCAUGAUCCUGGUGUGGGGGCUCUUUUACCUGGUGCACUCACUGACGGACACUCUCCCCUGGGCCACCUGUGGCCAUUCCUGGAACACGGAGCAUUGCACCGAGCUCUUCCACCUCGGUCCCUGCAGCAAUGUCACCACCAACAUCAGUGUUGACACCACGACCUUCAACAUCAGCUGUGCUGACAUGGCCAAGAAGCGCUCACCCGUCAUCGAGUUUUGGGAGAACAAGGUGCUGCGGCUCUCAGGGGACAUCAGCGAGCCAGGGGACAUGAACUGGCAGAUGAUCCUCUGCUUGAUCACCACCUGGGUCAUCGUCUACUUCUGCAUCUGGAAGGGUGUCAAGUCAACUGGGAAGAUCGUCUACUUCACGGCACUUUUCCCUUACGUGGUCCUCAUUCUGCUUCUGGUGCACGGAGUGACUCUGCCUGGGGCAAUUGAUGGCAUUGUCUUCUACCUGAAACCCGACUGGUCCAAGCUGGCUGAGGCGCAAGUCUGGAUUGAUGCUGGCACCCAGAUCUUCUUCUCCUAUGCCAUCGGGCUGGGAGCCCUGACUGCGCUGGGCAGCUACAACCGCUUCCACAACAACUGCUACAGGGAUGCCUACCUCCUGGCCGUGAUCAACAGCUCCACCAGCUUCUUUGCCGGCUUUGUUGUCUUCUCUGUGCUGGGCUUCAUGGCUUCUGAGCAAGGCGUGGACAUCUCCCAGGUGGCAGAGUCUGGCCCUGGGCUGGCUUUCAUCGCCUACCCUAAAGCUGUGACGCUAAUGCCCUUGUCCCCACUCUGGGCCACGCUCUUCUUCUUCAUGCUCCUCGUGCUGGGGCUGGACAGCCAGUUUGUCGGUGUGGAAGGUUUCAUCACGGGCAUCCUGGACCUGUUCCCCCAGCCAGAGGCUGGCUCGCUGCGCCGCGAGGUCACCGCUGCGCUCUGCUGCAUCGUCUGCUGCCUCAUCGGCCUCUCCAUGGUCACGCAGGGCGGCAUGUACGUGUUCCAGCUCUUUGACAACUACUCGGCCAGCGGGAUCACGCUGCUGUGGCAGGCCUUCUGGGAGUGCGUGGUCAUUGCCUGGGUCUACGGCGCUGACCGCUUCAUGGACGACGUGGCUCGCAUGAUCGGCUACCGGCCCCUGCCCUUGAUGAAGUGGUGCUGGGCCGUGGUGACACCGCUGGUCUGCAUGGGCAUCUUCGUGUUCCACGUGGUGAACUACAAGCCACUGACCUACAACAAGACGUACGUGUACCCGUGGUGGGGGGAAGCCAUCGGCUGGGUCCUGGCUCUCUCCUCCAUGCUCUGCAUCCCCUGCACCGUCAUCUACAAGCUCCUGCGCUGCAAAGGCUCCUUCCGCGAGCGCUGGCAGCUCCUGACCACUCCAAUCUGGGGCCACCACCACCUGGAGUACCUGACGCCCGAGGCAGAAGCCAAGCUGCUGGCCCCAGAGCCUCCCAAGGAGAAGGCAACGCUCUUCGAGACUGUGAUCUGAGCCUGGGGAGGGUCGCGCUGCUCCCGCCCGCCAUAGCAAUAAUGCCAGCACUGCCUCCCACCCACGCUGCCCCGCACCCCCCCGGGCCCCCCAGACUCAUCGCAGCUGGGGGUGCAGGACUGCAAGGCGGGGGUCACUGGGGGCCACAGGGAGCAAGAGGGGUCUCCGGCACGGGGGAGCCCGGGGGGCUGGUGGGGAGGCUGCAGGCCGGGGGAGCGAGUGGGACAGCCUUUUCCUGGCCCCCACCCGUGGCCCCCGUGGCCCCCACCCGUGGCCCCCGUGGCCCCCCGCUCACUAACCGCUUCCUGUAGCGUUUGUCUGGUGUAACCCCAACCGCCCCGACAUCUGGCAAUAAACUGGGAGACCCUGGCA